GGUGAGGAACUGUCACUCUGUGUCUGAAGCUGAAGAGAGAGCAAACAGGAUGAUUGUGAAAUGGUAAAACAGGGUAGGAGCAGGCUGUGGGAAUAAUGAUCUUCUCUGUAAUCACACACAGCUGACAGUGUUGAACUUUGUUCCACUGUGGCACAUGAAGCUGAAGGAAUAUAUCACCCACCAGUUUAUAAGUCACCCCUUACAACUUCAUGGAGAGGGGAAGAGUUACAGGAGGAAGAGAAGCGAUGAAACAAAGGAAAAAGGAAGUAGAUGAAAAAAGACGGGAGUGAGAGGAAUAUAAAGAAGAAACAAAGUUUGACGUUUUUCUGGAUUAGGGGGACGUUGGAUCUCCAGUUUUCUGUGAGGAAACCCUACAGCUGUCAAAAUGUGGAUUGAAACUAAAACAGAGAUGCGGGAGCCCAGCAGGAGUCAGGCCAGCUUUGGUCGGAAAGUGUUUGACAGGCUGAUGUUGUGCACUGGGGACAUGGAUAACUUGGAUAAGUACAUUAAGGAUAAAUCGUUUGUGCUGCAGCUGGCUGUGUGGGGACUCAGAGGAGUGGCUAGGGUGAUUCUGGCCAACAACCCACUGAGCGGGGCUGUCAUCCUGGCUGCCCUGUACUGGGCUUCCCCCUGGCAGGGCCUGCUGGGAACUCUGGGGGUACUGGCCUCAACGCUCACAGCUGUCAUCAUUGGACAAGACAGUGCUGAGGUGGCAGGAGGUCUUCAUGGAUUUAACGGCAUGUUGGUGUCUCUGCUGAUGGGAGUUUUCAGUUCAGCCGGAGACUGGUACUGGUGGCUCCUGGUGCCUGUCUUUUUGGGGUCAGCUACGAGUGUCUUCAUGUUCAGUGGACUCACCACAUUACUGGACAACUGGGAUUUGCCUGCUGCUGUGUUUCCCUUCAACAUCAUUAUUGUCCUUUACCUACUAUGUACUGGAACAAACAACCCUUAUUUUCCUCAUAACCCAGCAAUGCCACCGGGGGCACUAGAGCCCAAUAACACAGAGCUCAUAGCAGUGGAGGUGAUCCGUGGCAUCCCUCUUGGUGUUGGUCAAAUUUAUGCAACUGGAGCUCUGGGACCCUCUCUGCUUAUUCUGGGGGCCGUUGUUCUCUACUCCCCACUGAUGGGCAUCCAUGCUGUGCUGGGAUCUGCGGUCGGAACAUUAGCUGGUUUAUCCAUGGCAGUGCGUCAUGAAUCAUUGUACUCUGGCCUAUCGGGUUUCAAUGGUGCUUUGGGCUGCAUGGCUGUUGGAGGACUCUUCUUCACCUUCAGCUGGAGGACUUUUCUCUUUGCCAUUGCAAGCGCUUUUCUCUCUGCAUACUCUGACAUCGCCCUGAGCAACCUGCUAGGAACUGUUGGUCUCCCAGCAUGCAGUUGGGCGGCUACUCUUACUGCAACACUUAUGUUGCUGUUGACUGGCAGCCUAAAAGAAUACCGCAUCCCCAUUGGACAAGUAAAGGCCCCUGAACGCAACCUGCGCACUAGGAGCCAAUGGGAAGCAGGAAACACUGAAGACAGGGAGAGCACAGAUGUGUAGUUUAAGGACACAUUAAAACUCUUCAUAUUAUGGAUAAAAAUGAAAUAGUUUUAAUCCAAAUAUAAAUGUAUUUGUGAGUUGUUUUUUAAUCAGCUGUUCUACAAGGAAGAUGGCAAAAACAGCCAAAGCACCUACUUAAACUGUCCAAAUGCUGGCAUUAAAGCACUAUGCAAGAAUUUGAACCCAAUGUACUUUGUUUAUACUCAGUCAAACCCAUCUCUUUUUUGACUUUGGUCUUAUUGUGGCGUACCAUUACAGCAAAUUGUAUCAAAGAAACCAAUUAGCUUUGACAAAAAAGGAAGCAAAACAAAGUGUCAGAGCUAUAUUAUAAAUCUAUAGUAUCAAGCUCUUUUCUGUUUGUCAAAAUGUGUUAUUUUUUGGUAUUCUUUAUUGCUUUAUUGUAAGGCUGUGGCUAACAAAGCUAAUUAAAUCUGAUGUUCUAAUGA